CGUUUAUCUAUACAAUUCUUAUAUUCUAGUCCCAAACCGAUCGCGGAUAACCACGUCGCCGACUAGGAUGAAUUUGGAUCUAAAGAUAUGAUCAGUAUUCCAACACUCAGCCCUUUCCAACCCUGACAUUUAAGUCCCCAAGGGUCAUCUGGUCCGCAUGUUCAUCUACAUAUCAUGAGUUUCAAUGCGAAGCAUUUGAGUUAUGAGAAAAACGAGCCUACAUUUCUUCGAAAAUUAAGAAGCGAAUACGGCGAUGGCAGUGGCUUUCGCAACGGCAGACCAAAUCCACGUCCUACUAAGAAGAAGGAUGCUGAUGACGACGACGCCCCUACCUACGUGGACGAGGAAAGUAACGAGGUAAUUUCCAAAGAGGAAUAUGAUGCGUUGGUGAGAGGCGACGGCGAUACCAAAGUCGCAGAAGACUCUGGAACUAUUGAGAAUGAGGAUGAGGAAACUAAGUCAAUCUAUGAUGGAAAUGGCGGUGCACAAGGAGAAUUGCAAAGUUCCCAGGCCAAACAAAAACAGCAUUUUGCCGGGAUUGGUGGCGCUAAAAAGCGAAAGCAAGCCAAAGUAAUUGGAGAAGAUGCAACUGAAGAAGCCUCUCGAAACGCUCAAACAUCGCGGAAACCGAAAGCGAAAAAGAAAAUUAAGCUAUCAUUUGACGAUGACGACUAGCUAUUCUAUAUUCAGCCGCAGGAAAACCUUAGUUUUUACUCAGUGAAGAUGCGACUGGGAGCGGACGGCAAGUUUUGGGCUCUGUCUCAGAGAGAUACUACUAGCAUGAAUCAGAGAGUGGU